CCAAAGGGUAACUAAUCAUCACCGAUGUAAACAAUUAAACAUGCAGUUUGUCGGAAAAUAGACAUAUUUCAUGUACAUAUAUUUAUUAUUUAUCUCGAAUUUAUAUAGAUAAUAAGAUGUUUCCAUUAAGUUCACAAAAAAAGUAUUGGUCGUUUAACGAUGAAAAUGAUAUUGCGGUUUUGCGAGAGGAGACGAAUGCUGAAUUUAUUAGUAAACAUGGAGCGAGCAUGACAGAAGAGAAAAGGGAAAAGCAUUUUCUAUCCGUUGGCGAGGAAAGGGUGCUUCAACGAUUUUAUGAAUCUCAACUCAAGGAAUUUUGUAAAAGAUUUAAUCCUCCGAUGCCUAAGCCUACUAUAGCCACAGCUUUACAUUACUUUAAAAGAUUUUAUCUGAGAAAUAGCGUUAUGGAUUACCAUCCGAAGGAAAUUUUAGUCACUUGUGUGUAUUUAGCCUGCAAAGUCGAGGAAUUUAACGUGUCGAUAUCGCAAUUUGUUGCUAAUAUUAUGGGCGAUAGAGAAAAGGCAUCCGAUAUCAUCCUUAACAACGAGCUUCUCUUAAUGCAACAGUUGAAUUAUAAUUUAACUAUACAUAAUCCAUUUAGACCCGUCGAAGGCCUUCUAAUCGACAUUAAGACUAGGUACCCGGCCAUUGAAAAUCCAGAGAAAUUGAGGCCAUAUAUCGAUGAAUUUUUAGAAAAGGUCUUUCUUACCGAUAGUGUAUUACUAUAUGCUCCCAGUCAAAUUGCUUUAGCUGCUACAUUACACGCAGCCUCCAGUGUUAACGCCAACUUAGAUAAUUAUGUAACAGAUAUAUUGUUCUCCCGAGAUCAUUUAACAGCCAUUGUCGAAGCCGUAAGAAAAAUAAGAUCAAUGGCAAAAUGUGUGGAGUUUCCACCUAGAGAUUUGGUAAAGAAUUUAGAAAAGAAGUUGGAUAAAUGCAGAAAUCAAGAUAAUAAUCCAGACAGCGAUAUAUAUAAGCAGCGAAUGCAGGAGAUGCUCGAUGAAGAGGAUUUACUAGAUAAUGAAAAAUAUGCAAAAAUUGUUCAAAAUCAAGCCGAUCACGAUGAAAAGGUCUUAGGAGUUACCAAUGUAUUAUCCCCGACCGAUACAUAAAAUGGAGUAUUAAAUACUCCAUUAUUUUUUUCACGUUAAAUAAUAAAAGAGUGAUAGAUUUUCCUAGA